GCAUGCAAAGAGGCUAAAUUCGUUGUUGAGCGUCCACUGUACGACUAGACUACAUUUCCCAGCAAGCCGAGGGAUAGGGAGAGGCGGGGCUCGGGGCUCAGGUCCCAUGUGCCGAAGAAACAGGCGGAGGCAACCCGGGCUCAGCGGAAAGCGAAGAGCUGACUAAGAAGAUUUCUGGGACUUUUGCUGGCCAGGGGGAAUUCUCGCAGCCUCCAGCCAUGCGGCUCUCUGCCCUGCUGGCCUUGGCAUCCAAGGUCACUCUGCCUCCCAACUACCGCUAUGGGAUGAGCCGCCCAGGCUCCUUGUCAGACAAGAGGAAGAACCCUCCAGGGACCAGGCGGCGCCGGGUGGCUGUGGAACCCAUCUCUGAUGAAGACUGGCAUCUGUUCUGUGGGGACAGGGUAGAGAUCCUAGAAGGCAAGGACGCUGGGAAGCAAGGCAAAGUGGUUCAAGUCAUCCGGCAGCGGAACUGGGUGGUCGUGGAGGGGCUGAAUACACAUUAUCGGUAUAUUGGCAAGACUGCGGAUUACCGGGGAACCAUGAUCCCCAGCGAAGCACCCUUGCUCCACAACCAGGUCAAACUUGUGGAUCCGAUGGACAGGAAACCCACUGAGGUGGAGUGGAGAUUCACUGAGGCAGGAGAGCGGGUACGAGUCUCCAAAAGAUCAGGAAGAAUCAUCCCUAAACCUGAAUUUCCCAGAGCUGAUGGCAUCGUCCCUGAAACAUGGAUUGAUGGUCCCAAAGACACAUCAGUGGAAGAUGCUCUAGAAAGAACCUAUGUGCCCCGUCUAAAGACACUGGAGGAAGAGGUGAUGGAGGCGAUGGGGAUUCAGGAGACUCGGAGACACAAGAAAGUCUACUGGUAUUGAGUUUGGGGAAGAGUAGCUUCUCCUUGUCUUAGCCGUGAAGUUUCAAGCCACUUCUUUUUCAGACACUAAUAAAGAGCCUAGAGUUCUCCCA